AUGGUCACCCUCUCCGAAGUCCGCGCCACCAACUCUAAACUCUCCCAACCCCCCAUGACCGCCGUCUUCGUUGGAGCAACUUCAGGAAUCGGCCUCGCCACCCUCCGCGCCUUCUCCACGCACGUCGCCAAACCUCACGCCAUCAUCAUUGGCCGCAGCCGCUCUACCUUCGAACCGGAACUCGAGAAUCUACGCAAAAUCAACCCCGAGGGCAACUACACCUACUUCGAAGCCGACGUAUCGCUCAUGCGCAACAUCGACGCCGUCUGCUCCGCCAUCACCAAAUACCUCAAUGGCGGAAAGAUCGACCUCCUCUUCACAUCCCAAGGCUCCCUCUCCUUCUCCGGCCGGCACGAUACAGUGGAAGGUCUAGACUUGAGCGUAGCGCUACGGUACUACGGCCGUGUGCGCUUUACGCAACUUCUGCUUCCGCACAUGAACCCCAAGGGGGGUAGAGCCAUCACAGUCCUGGCUGGAACCCAGGAGGGAAAGAUCUUCGAAGAUGAUCUGGACUUGAAGCAGAACUACGGCCUCGCCAACGCGGCUGGGCAUUUCGCCUCCCUCCUCUCCCUCUCCUACGACAGCUUGGCCGCGCAGCAUCCCGGUGUAGGCUUCGUGCACGUCUUCCCUGGGCUCGCGUCCACGGGCCUUCUCGGCCGCAGCGCGGAGGGCGCGUUGGGCGUGCUGAUGCGGUGGGUUGUCCAGCCCGUUCUGGGGCUGUUUAUUGCUAAGCCGGAGGAUGUUGGGGAGCGGAUGUGGUGGCUUGCUACGCAGGAGGGGUUUGUGGGUGGUGAGGGGGUGGCGUGGACGGUGGAUGAGAAGGGAGAAGUGGGUGUGAAUGCGGUGUUGAAGGGGUAUAGGGAGAGAGGGUUGGCGGGGAGGGUUGUGGAGCAUAAUGAGAUGGUGUCUGAGAGCACGAGGGCGUAG